AGAAAACAAAGAAGAUGAGGAGUAUGAGCCACCUGCCCUUCAGCUACAUAGUGCCUCAAGGCCCAUGAAACACAAGGUAGCUUCUGUCCCAAGGAAAAGGAGCAGCUCAUCCAAGCCAACAAAGAGAGGAAAACAACUCUGGAAGCAGGCGAGUCAGGCUACCUCUAGACCUGGUGAUGACGAGGACAAGUGGCACUCUCCAGCACCAGAAGAAGGAGGAGGAAGAGGAGGAGGAAGAGGAGGAGUAAAAGCUGCAGAACUUGAAAAGGAAACGUGACAGAGUGAGACGGGAGAGAAGCUCUGUACAGAAAGCUUGUCUCCAAGCUGUCUCUUCAUCUGUCCCCUGCUCCUCCUAAAGCUGGGACCACAUGAAGACAAAGACCUGCACAGAGGACAGAAAACAUCAGCCUGGGAAGAGGACAUGCACAGCAAAGUGAGCUUUAUCUUGCUGGAACAUCAAUAGAAGCUGGGCUUCUCUGGAGCAGCAGUGGAUCCUGUGGGAAGGAGGAAUUAGUCAAAAAGGUGCUCGACAGACAGGGCUCGGUUAAACUCCACAGGAAAACCACCUGCUGCUCUGGGAUUAAACUGGAUCACCAUUUGGUGCAGCUCAAGAUGUGGAAGUGAGGGACUGCAGGCGUCUGAGGAUAAUGCGACGUAGAUGAUGGUUCUGCUGCUCGUGCCAUGCUGAGAGGCAGUUCAGCUCUCGUGAGUGUGUUUCUGUGUUCUGUGUGUCUGGUUGUGGUUCUGACCCGAUCACCAGCUCCCUCCAAAAAAAGACCCUGCUCUAAAGACAUCAUCAUCAAGGUGACUUCACUCAAGAAGAGUCUUCUAAACCAGACGUUGGUGAACUGCACUCUCUACACGCCCACCAUUGAGGACUACAAGCAGAAAUGUCCCAGCGCAGCCUUCAAAUGUUUCGCCGAUGAGAUGAUUGUCCUCUCCGAGGAGUUGAAGAUCAGCGGCCUCACAUAUGAUCUAGCUUUGAGUCUCAACAGAAUGUUAAAGAGGCUGGCCCAAUCGUUCAAACAGGAGCACCUUGUUUCGUAACAACCAAUCACAGCUCUUAGAAGAUGGCGUCACACAAAGGGGUCAACCACACCUAGCAACGGGGUCAACCACACUUCCUCACUAAGAUAAGAAUUUCUGACGUCUCCAGGCUCAGAGUCGCUCUCAGCAGCGAACUGAAUCACUCUUCACUGGGUGUGAAGAUAGGAGCUCUCUGAGAGACUCUGAGAUUCUUUGUGAAUACGGGCCCUGGUGUCACCAGUGACGGGUCAACAAUGGACCAGUCGCUGUGUUUGCUGUCUUGUUGCUAAAAAAAUAUUUUAAAGUUGCCACAAGCAAUUGUUUUGAGGAGAAAAAAGCACAGUAACUGAAGGAGGCUCAUUCACCAGACUCUCGCCAGUGUUCGAAAGGUAAUUCCAAUGAUACGGGCUACUGACUGCCCAGAAUCACCCUGAAGCCGGUUGCGUCUUACAGUGUUGAACCUGGAAAACCAGUAAAAAAAAAGUACGUAUUGUCGGCUUGCUGUCUGAACUUUAGGCUGUUCUUGUUAUUCCGAUUUGAUGGAAUGGAAGCGAAGGUAUAAACUUCAAAGUGAUAAUCUUGACAUCAGAAUUGUAUUGAGACAUCCGGCACACAAAGCUACGUGAACAUAAAGUGUUUUUGCAAACACGGUGAGGCCAAGACUGUAGACUGAAAGGCAUUCUCUCAUAUUUAGCUCCCUGCAGCCUGAGACAGAUGGAGACAGGACCAUCCAGAGAUUUAAAAAAAAGUUGAAUGUUGCCAAGAGUCCUGUUUUGUACCGACAAGGAAAUAUCCUGAAACAAGUUGAGUUUGAGGUUGAAGGGACUGGUCUGGCAUGAAGCUUCUGGUAGGGUCACCAAUGGCAAAUUGUCCCAAGUGGAGGGUUCAGAGUAAGAGCAGUUCUGUGAUCUUGUUGUACAACCUGACCAUUAUACAACUUGACGUUGUGUGCACAUGGGCACAAAGGAAAACUGCCUUGUGGGUUGCUCCGCCUUGUUAAACAUUCAUGGGUCAGCAUAUGGCUCAGCUGGAGGAGUCCAAGUGGCCUGGUUCCUUGUUCCACAGUGAUGUUUCCAUGGAGAUGGAAGUGAAUAAUGUGAGUGUUGUGAGUUUUGCUCUGUUUCAGCUGGCAAUUCUGUCUACAAUCAAAACUGUCUUAUUUAUUAUUUACUUAUCUUCUAUUUUUCUAUAUUAUUGUCUUUUUUCAAGACCCAUAAAAAGGUGAAUAAAAUGUUCAUCUAAGUGAGUUUUUUACAAAUGUAAAUAUUGAUCAUAUUCUCCACUAAAGGUAGAUGCAUCAUUAAGAACCACACAGAAACUGAGCUUGAACAUUGUUCUGACCCAGAGUGCUGAAAUAAUCUUCAGGCUACAUUAGAUUCACCUAAACACUUUUUUUAUUCCAUAAACUUUGCUCGUCAGAUUGUCCAGAACGUUUAGUCAAAUUUAAAUGCAUCUUUUCCUGCUGAGGUUAAAGCAGAAUGAAGGUUGUUCCAUCUUUCCUGAGAUGUUCUCAGGAAAGAACAUCUCAUCAUGUAACUGGUGGGUUGUUGGCUUGAACCCCCACUCAGUCUGUCCCAGUUGUGUUCUUGGCAAGACCUUUCAUCCUCCUUGCCUGCGGAUGGACAGAGGGCUCCGUGGCACCGAUGUAUGGCAGCCUCGUUUCUGUGGCUACAGUGUAGCUCACCACUGUCAGUGGGUGAAUGUGUGAAUGACUGAUUGUAGUGGAAGCCUUUUGGGUCUCUGGGGACUUGAUAAAGCACUAUACAAGUGCAGGCCAUUUACCAUCUCAGGGCAGCUGUCAGAUCUAGAAGGACUAGAGUGACUCUAGACACUGAUGUUCUGAUGUCCAAAUGUUCUGGAGCUGAGUCUCUCUCUGAAACACUGAAUAGGACUCAAUUUUCCCUAACGGCUAUGUAAUGUAGCCGUGAAAUCCCUGAGCUGUGUGUGCUUCUGAGGCAGGGAUGAGCAGGAUGCAGCGGAGUGAUGAGAACAUGAGGACAGAGCCAGACAGAUGGACUCAAUGAUGCGAGACACACCAGCCAAGAACUGUUCCUAACCGAGUCAUGGAGAGAUUCCCCAUGCACUGUGUUGAGGAGAACAUUCAGAACCACAGCUCAAAGGAUCCAGUCCAACUGAGAGGCGGCACAAUGAGAUCCAAGGCAAAUAUUAAGGAUUCUAGAGCUGUUUUGGCAGGGAGAGAAACUCUGUGGUUCGGAUUGUUCCUUGGAAAUCAGAACUGAAUUGUAAGCAACCAUCUUGCUGAAAGAUUGAAGACCAUUAGGUUAAAUCAAAACAACAGAAUCAGAUUUUUAAAAAGUGGAUCAAACUUGUCUGUAGACUGGAUUGGACCCAGCUUGUUUCUGUGCUUUGCUGAUCAGUGCAUCAUCGUCUCCCUCCAUUCUUCUUAUUAUCGCUCUUCUUCACUAAUGACCGUUCACCUGCACACAGAAGCCGGGACAGUUUCAACCCGUUGACAUUUAAGAUUGUUUAAAGUUAUUAAGAUGGAAACAAUAGAUUCUAUAACUUCUGGUCAAAACUAUUUAUUUUCGUCUCCAGAGGAAAGAAUUCAAAGUAAACAAGUUGAGUGAGUGUUAACCUCAGCAGAAAAUAUGAUUAAUCCUUUCAACAUGUUUUCCAUUUUAUCCACAGCCCAAAUCUUGGGCUGUGGACAAUGUGAAACAUGUAUUGUUCUCUGAUGAGUCCACCUUUACUAUUUUCCCCACAUCCGGGAGAGUUACGGUGUG